UUCCUUAUGGGGGGAGUUAGCAUAUAAACUUAGAGCUGCUGAAUUGAUCGAGGCUGCCAAAACAUCGCCUGUCAUUAUUGCCAUAGGUGGGCUGACUGUUUCUACUUUUCGAGGUACUAUCACUUGCUCUAUCGAAAAAAUUAUGAGUUGGCAAGGAUUGUUUUUAUGGAUUUUUUAUUGAAUUAUGCGAUUUGUUUAUUCAUAAUUAAAUUCAUAGCUGACGUCGACGCUUCAAGUACUUCUGCUACGCGGAUAACCCUGAACCCUCAAACGCUUGAAUUUGGGUACUUUAAUCCAUACCCAGACGAUUUUGGCGACCUUAUAAAAUCGUAUGUGUUUUCAAUCAUUCUGUUAUAUAUAUUCAAAAACCAUUUUAUGAAUUCCUGUGAACUAAAAAAUUACUCUUAGCAGUGCUUCCAAUGCCUUAGGUGUCGUCUCUUCAAUCCCUGUGACUAAUGAAACACCUGAAAAAAAUGCCCAACGUGCUCUGGAAUCACAGCGGACAGUAACCGAACUCAUUAACAUGCGUGCAACCGGAGAAUCACUGGUACCUAUUCUUUAAAACUUUUUGAUCUUUCAUCGCUUUUAUUCGGUGCAACAACAUUAAUACUUCUUAUUUACAUUGUAGAAUGACAUUUAUAUUUGCCAAGCAACUGUUACUGCUGUGAAAUCAACAAAAACUUGGGCAUAUCGAGGUUGCACAAAAUGCCGUCGAACCGUCACCAACUGCGGAUUAAACUACUGGUGCGAAAAACACAAUCAGAUAGCCCCUUCAGAAACACAACAAUGGUAUUCUCAGCUCACAUGCAUAUUUGUAUGUCUAAUUUAAUAAUAAUAAUCUAAUAAUAAUGAUGUACGAUGUUUUUAUUAUUUCAUUCAGGUACCUCACAAGACUGAUUGUACAAGAUGGCACUGAUGAAGCAGUAUUCCUUCUCAUAGGAGAAACUGCUGACAAACUGCUUCGGAGAAAAUGUUCUGAAGUUUAUGAUAGUUUUCCUCAGGGGACUGGCAUAUUACCACCGGAAAUUGAAACUCUUUGUGGUCUAACCUUGGAAUUUCAUGUCAAAAUUCCAAAACAGAAUUACAAGGGCGGAGAGGGAGACUUCACAAUAACAAACAUCAUUGGGCUUCACCAACAGACUACAAAAACAGCUAAAAGGAAGCUUCAAGCUUUGGAAGCACCGAAAAGGUAUGGUCCUUAUCGUUUUACAUAGUUUCUUUAUAUUAGUACUUAAAAACAAAGUCGAACUUUAGCUGCCUCUACUAUUUAGAGAACCAGAUUCGGCAACCACGACUGAAUAUAUGAACCUGACUAGAGAAAUGGAAAACACUCAGCAUAUAGAGAAUCAGGUUAUUGAAGAAAUAUCAGAUUCAGGGAAGACUGACAUAGUCGAAGAGUCGAGAAAAAAAAGGAAAAGCAUUGACCUUCCACCGGCACAAACGAAGAAUGGAAACUCAACUUCUGCCUCCAUCUGUAAAAAUUUGAAGAAACCCAUUGCUGUGGAAAUCUUCACCGAUAAGAUGCCCAGAAAAGAACAUCCAGUGCUUGGAAAAAAUGAACUUCAACAAGAUUCAAGGAACAAAUAUGAUUGUUCGAAUCAAAACCAGAAGGGAAAACAGUCGAAAAAAUGUCAAAAAGCCAAAAACAACAGGCACACUGAUGAUGGUGCGGACACAGUGAUUAUGGUGAAUUCGGAUGACGAGAAAUCAUCUUCUGACAAUGACUUACCUUUGUCAAAAAUCUUGGGAGACAAAAAACCUCCCAAUAAGAAAAGCUCAUCAGCAUACUUAAGGGGUCCAGUGGGUUGAGAGCAAGUCUACGGUAAGUUCUCUACAGCCAACGCGGAUCACCAUCCGUUACGUUAGUUCUGACGAUCUCAGCCGUCCAUUCAGGCUAAACUAUGAUCUACCUGCGUAGUUUGGCUAGCGGCUGUCCAAGUUCGGUGCUGGAGUGUACCAUCCCCCCCCCCCCCCCCCCCCUCUUUCGACCAGUCUUGCGGCUCACCGAGAAGAGAAGAUAAGCCUCUCAUUCGAGCCGACUGCGAAAUAGAUGAAUGCAAUUUCUCCACUCCUCUCUAUUUCACCGAUUUCCCAACGACGACUGGCUGGCGGCUAGGUAAGUCGCCUCUCUCUUCCGACCGAUUUCCGAUUGUUCCCCAAACCCUUCAGCACCUCCGUCGACUCCCUGGCGGUUGAGCAAGAGAGCUGGCCGCCGAAGAGCCCAGCCCCUCUGUCAAAUCCUCUUCUCUUCCCGUCCCGUUUCCCCUUUUCCCGUCCUUCUAUCCGUUCGUCGAUUCCUGGAGGCUAGCCAAGUUGGGCCAGAGACGGGUGGUUGGAGUAGCGUGGGUCAUCGGCGGCGAGUAAACCAAACCUGGGAUUCGCGAGGAUUCGCGAUGGUGGAGCCUUGCCUCUUUCCAUUUCCCAUUACACAUUUCACAUCCCGCCGUUGACGAUUCGUUAAAGCGGCGAAUAGAUCGAUCAAAUUCAUCACUGUCAGAAAGCUAACAGUGAGUGGAUUCUAAAAUUUGCCCCGUUUCGAUUUGUGUGAGUGGUUGGAAAAAAAGGAUUUGAUCUGAUUGGGGUGUUUUUUGACAGAGCAAAGUCGAUGCUUUUGAGUAUGCAGACCAAGUGUUGAAGAAGGGAACAACAAAGGGAUUGUUGUCUUGGUAACUAGCCAAAAGGAAGGUGAUGUUACAGGAGGGCCUGCAUUUGUGCAAGCUAUUGGACAAAGCGUGCUUGAUGCUACUGUAUAAGAGAAUCUUCCAGGUAAAGUUUGUUCAUUUUUCCAGCAGUGGAUUCUUCCCUGGAAGAUUUUCCUUAGGGAUUGAAUCUCAAACGCUCAUCCUCUCCCUUCACUGUGUUGGACGAAGUAAACAUGUCUCUGUUCUAUUGCUUUGUAUGAUGCAGUGAUAACAUUUGCUUAGAGAGUAUGCAAUCUUCUCAGUAAUCCAUUGAGUUUCUACCUCCAUUUUGGUAGGUGGACAAGGGUGAUCCCAUGAAAAUAGAAUUAGAAGCAGCAAAACGCCAGGAUGUUGUCUGCAUAUCUGCUGUGUUUGGGGAUAAUUUACAAGAUUUCUGCGAUGCAGUGCAGCAUAAAUUAAAGGUUCAGAGUUAAACAUAAUAGUUCGUUUGGUUCCAUUAAUGGAUUUUAGUGAGUUUCUGAUGCCUGUUUUCUCAUCUGUGUAGGAAUCUAUGGACAACGGGUAACUAAUCGAGGCUCAUGUACCCCCUUAGCAUUGCAAGAUUGCUGCAUUGAUUUUACAAUCAGUAGUCCCCUAUGCUUUGAGCUACUGAUAGGUGCAUUCUCAAUAUUUUUAUUAGUAGUAACACUGUUGUGUUUUCUAUCUACAUGAAUUAAAACUUGGUCUAGAUAGCUUAUUAUCUUUGCUUACUCUUCAGAAUAAGGACGAGAGGCUAGAACCUAUCAGAUUUGUGAAACCUUCAUAUAACAGGACACUAAUUUACUAUUCAGAAUAUUUUUGUUAGUUACGUUUAGAAUUAAUAGUCGUUAUAGUUUCCUACUCAAAUUGGUCCAUCUAUUUUGACUCUCUUUGUAGAAUUAAUAAUAUUAAAUUUAUAUCCUACUAAUAAAAAACAAUUCUUUUCCUCAUCAAUUACUAUUUAGGAAUAGUAAGAAACACCUUCCCCGUAA